AUGAAAAGGACGGCAAUUCGAGAAAAAUUCGAUAUAGAAAAGGAGCGAUUGGAGAGAAGAAAGGUUCAAACCAGGAGAAAAACACAAGAAAUUCUCGAUAGCGCCCUUAUUAGAAAAAGAAGAGAAAUCGGAGAGUUCGAGAAUAGGAUAUCAAACAAUGUCUCAAUCGAAGACAAUUUCGAAAUUUUGGAACCGAUGAGCUCUGAAACGAUCGACUUGCACUGGGAACCACAACCUUCUAUCCUACAUUUUCAUGAAUUCAAAUCUUCUACUCGCGCUAUUACAACAAUGCAUGAUUCGAUUGAGGAACCAGACGAUUUCGGUGAGAAAGAAAAAGUAUGUGAGAAAGAAAAACUUGGUUCCGAUGCUCACGACGAAAUCAAAUAUCGACGUCAAGUGAGGGAUACUGUGGAAUCAGUGAUCAAUACAAGCAUCAACUAUUCGCUACAAAACCUUCGUAACUACCAAUACGACAUUGAUCUGGAGCAACUUGUUUAUUGCUCGAAUCGCAAAUUCUGCCAUUUGCACUACCGAUGGGACGAUGUGAAGGCAAUGAGACAGAGACGCCGAGAAGCAGGUUUAGAUGUGGAGAAUUACACAAUUCAAGAUGUGAAUGUAAGAAUAUUCGAAUGGCUCGUCGAAGCGCAUCGGAUUCUCCAAUCGACGACGACAUGA